AUGCCUCGAAAGCGACAGCGACAAGAUGUUAAAGAUGAGGCCGGUGAAUCCCCAGCUCCACCAGAACCAAAAAAGAAACGGAAAAUUUUGAAUUACGAUCCACAUGAAAUCAUCCACGAAUUGUACGACACAAUCCGCAACCACAAAUGUGAUGAUGGACGGUUGAUGUGUGAGGCCUUUAUACGAGUACCUAAGCGAAGAAGUGCUGCAGAUUACUAUGAUGUGGUUUCCACCCCCAUCGACCUCCUGAAGAUUCAACAGAAGGUGAAGACAGACAGCUAUGACUAUGUGGAUCAGCUCAGCGCCGAUGUUAUGCUGAUGAUCAACAAUGCUAAGGCAUAUUAUAAGAAAAAUUCUCAGGAGUACAAAGAUGCCUGUGAUCUUCUUAUGUUGUAUGAAGAGACAAGAGCAGAUUUGGUCGAGGCAGUGUUUGGUGGCGGAGACAAAAAUUAUGAUGAGGACGAAGAUGAGGAAGAGGAAGGUACUAGCAGCAAGCAGUCCUCUCGAGAGUCUUCAGGCGGUACAUUUGAGGAGCUGGCUGAUGAUUUAGAACAGUUGUUUGCAGCUAUUGUGACAACCAAGGACGGCGACAGAGACAUCAGCCAGGCAUUCCAACUUCUUCCUCAGAGAUCGAAAUACCCACAAUAUUACGAGGUGAUUAAGAAUCCCAUAGACUUAAAGAUGAUUGCUACCAAGAUCCAGACAUCCAAGUACAAGAAUCUAGAUGAACUUGAAAAGGACCUGCUUCUGAUGGUUAAAAAUGCCAAGACUUUUAAUGAACCAAAGUCUCUUAUAUACAGGGAUGCUGUUACUAUGAAGAAGGUGAUAACAGAAAGAAAGCGAGAGCUGGAAUAUAAGAAAUCUGGAACAGUUAAGACCAGCGAGAGGCUCAGAACUAAAGACAAGACCAUCAUCCAGAAAAUGUCAGCGGUUUGUGCCGCCCUCAAGUACCCUUCAGACAUAGAUGAUGAUGCUGCAUCGUCUAGUCAGUUUGAGAUGGAUUCUGAGGGUGAGGACGGAGGCGGCGGGCUUGUGGAAGAUGACCCCCAGUGGAUCCUCUACAACCACGUGAAGAAUUUCACCAACUCCAAGGGAGAAGUGAUUGCUGAUACCUUUCAGAAGUUGCCAAGUAAAAAAUUCUAUCCGGAUUAUUACAAAGAAAUUAAAAAACCGAUGUCCCUGAAAAAAAUUCGCUAUAAAAUUGAGAUGAACAUGUAUGAGACGCUAAUGGACUUGGCUCAUGAUUUGAAUUUGACCUUUGAAAACGCCAAGAAGUAUAAUCAAGAUGAAUCGCAGAUUCACAAGUAUGCAGUCGUGCUUCAGAGGGUUAUGAUUGAAAAGGUGAAAGAAAUGGAACCAGAGCUUGCGGAAGAGUUGAAGGUUGAGGGAGAUGAUGACAAGGUCAGAGAGGAAGAAGACAUUGUUGCUGGGGAGCGGGAAGACGAUGAGCUUCAGGUAGAAAAUGAUGUGUCCACCACCCCAGGCAAUCGUGGCAGACAUCGCAAGUCCAACCUGGCGAUGACUAUCACUCCAGACAGCGAGAAGAAAAAGUCACACAAGAAAGCUGUAGAUGACAACUUGAGGAAACGACUGCGGAUGUUGUUUUCAACAGUCUAUGAUUACAAUGAUGUCAAUGGCCGAUUGUUGAGGCCAAUAUUCAUGGUGCUGCCUUCUCGGAAAGAUUACCCAGACUAUUACCAGUACUCCAGCGAGCAAGCCCUGCUCUCGGACUUUGAGCUGAUGUUUAAUAACGCUCGCCACUACAACGAGGAGGGUUCCCAAGUCUAUCAGGAUGCAGACACCCUGGACAGGGCCCUGCGUGCCAAGUGGAAGCAGAUGUCCCACACGGUGAAGACUCCAGGCAGCAGGAGAUCCAAGCUGUCAGAGUGUAAUCCCUUGCUGGACAAGCUUCAGGAUCUCUACGAGAGUGUCAGAGACUACCAGGAUCGGUCUGGAAGAGCUCUCUCAUCUCCAUUUAUCAAGCUACCGAACAAAGCUGACUACCCGGAUUAUUAUGAAGUCAUCAAGCGCCCGAUAGACAUGCAGCGGAUCCAACAGAAGAUGCUGGCGGGACAGUAUGACAGUGUGGAAGACAUGGUGGCUGAUUUUGUGCAGAUGUUUGAUAAUGCCUGCAAAUACAAUGAGCCCGAAUCGGUCAUUUACAAGGAUGCCCUGACUCUGCAGCGAGUGUGCUUCCAGAAGAAACUGGAGCUAAUGUCUGACUGCAUGAAUGAGGUGCCUGAUGUCAAGGCACUCACACAGGAGCUCAUGAAAAAUCUCUUUAUUUCAACUUUUAAUCAUGAGGAUGAAGAAGGCAGGUGCUACAGUGACUCCUUUGCUGAGUUGGCGGAGAAGGAUAAAGGUCUGCUUCUCAGCGGAGAGGUUACAGAACGACCAAUCACGUUUGACCAGAUCAAGCGAAAUCUGGAUAAGGGUCGCUACCGAAGGGUGGACAGAUUUCAGGAAGACAUGUUUAAGGUGUUUGAGAGAGCCAGGAAGCUGAGCCGCACGGAUUCUCAGCUGUACGAAGAUGCUGUAGAAAUGCAGAACUUCUUCAUCAAAACCAGAGAUGAGCUGUGCAAGAACGGGGAGCUGUUGCUGACCCCUGCCCUCAGUUACACGGAGCGCCACCUGGCACAGGCUCUAGAAAUGGAGCAGAAGGAAAAGCUGGAACAAGAAAAACAAGAACUGGAGAAACAAGACGAAGAAGAAAAAAAGAAAGAGAAGGCAUCUGGGGAUAAAUCUUCUGCUGACCAGGAAGCUGCUAACACAGACGAGGAAUUUGAAUACAAGGGGCAGGUUUAUGCCAAGGGGGAUUUUGUUUAUAUACACUCAAGGGACACCCCAGAGCCCCACAUUAUGGUCAUUGAAAGCUUUGGGGUAGACGCAGCUGGUCAGAAGGUCAUUAAAGGGAACUGGUUUUAUCGACCAGAAGAAACGUACCACCUGGCGACUCGCAAGUUUCUGGAAAAGGAGGUGUUUCGAAGUGAUACAAGUUAUGGGACACCUUUGUCUGAGAUUGUGGGCAGGUGCUGCGUAAUGUGUGUCAAUGACUACUUCAAGAGUAAACCAGAGGGCAUUCCAGACAAAGAUGUCUAUGUAUGUGAGUCAAGAUACAGCGUGCGACACAGGAUGCUUCAAGAAAAUCAAGAAAUCCCCCUGGCUCCCAUCAGGGUGGCCUCCGUGUUUGCAGACAAGUCCAGCAGUGACAGUGCUCUAGAUGAUAGUGAUACUGUCAUCGAUAAAAAGAGAGAGUGUGUACCUGCAGAGGCUGAGAAUGAAGAUGGGAAUGCAUAUUUUGAUCAGUAUGUGUGCGAUAUUGGCUGCUUCAAACUUGGUGAUGGGGUGUAUAUAAACAAUCCUGGUGGACAGAACAUCAUUGCAAGAAUUGACAAGAUUUGGAAAGACACCAUGGGUGAGGCAUUUUUCCACUACGCUUGCUUCCUGCGGCCAUCAGAAGUGGAGCACGCCCCAACACGUUUGUUUUUCAAGAAAGAGGUUUUUCAGGCAGCACUGGAGGAUUGUGCCCUCAUCAAAAACAUCGUGGGCAGAUGUGCCAUUCUCCACAUGAAGGACUACUGCUCAAGUCGACCAACAGAAAUACCCGAACCAGAUAUCUACAUUAAUGAGUCUAAAUACCAGGAGGCUGAUAAAUCGAUCAAACGGCAAAAACUUCUCAAAAAGUACACCUUGUCCUCAAAGGUCAUGGAUGAUGAAAUCUACUUCUUCAGAAAACCAAUUGCCCUGGAAAAGGAGCCAUCUCCCCUGUUGAUGAAGCAGAACGUUGAGGAGACUCUCUUCCUGGACAACGAGGAUUCCCUGGGGGUGGAGCCUGAGGCCAGCAAUGAUGGCACGUCCGUCAGCCUGGAUGUUCCAAGCCCCGCCCCUACAAAAUCACACAAAAGGAAGCCUGUGAACUCCCGCCGACAGCCCAGUGGCUAUAUUGUGUUUGCUGGAGAGAUUCGUCGACAGAUCUCACAGGACAACCCCAGCUGUUCAUUCGGAGACAUUAGCAAGAUUGUUGGCACUAAGGUUUGUAUCACUUUUUUGUCUACAAGUCCGUCUUGUGCUUGGUGGGGAAAUGCAGUCUGUUUUAAUCUACAUAAAAUUUAUCUGUCAAACUUGCAGUGGAGAGCAUUGUCUAAAGCAGAGAAGGAUGUGUUUGAAGAGAAGGCUCGCAAGAUUGCCGAGGAAAUGGCCGCCAAGCAACAGGAAGCUGACAAGAUGCUCAACGACUCUGUUAGGUCACAGAGUCCCUGGUCAGACAUUGGAGCCACUCCAACCACUCCUGCACACCCUCCCACUCAGACUAACCAGCCUAGUUAUGUGGGGCACACGCUGUUUGCCCAGGGCCCAAUAACUCCUGCAGGCAUGUUUACGGGGACUGCCGGGCCGCAUCAUUCUCAAAUGGUCAAUGGGCUAGGCUUCUCCGCACCUCCAGAGUUCCCCUCGAUGCCUCCAGUACCCAUGCUAAACGGUCACAGCUCCUUCUCACAUGGUCAGACUACAGCUCCACAACAGCGCCCUCCUUCGCCAAUGUUUGUCUCGGUUCCGCCCAGAAGUCAGAGGCUGUUGCACUCAGAGACCUACCUUAGAUACAUUGAAGGUUUGAACUCAGAGUGCCAUACAAUCUCCAACUGGGACAAAACCCUCAACGCAACUCAAGAAAACACCCCAAGCCAACCCGAGUCCAACCUGCCCACAAAGUGGCUGGCACAAGGAGCUGGCUGUCACGGCAGUGUCACCAAUGCCUUGUGGGCCCUCCGAGAUUUCAUGUUGAAGGAUGCCUUGAACCUGGCCAAAACCUUGCCAUUUGACGAUCUUUAA